CAGGAGGAGGUGCUGCACCGCGAUUCUUUCUACGACAACGUGGUAGAGACGUGGGCCACUAAGCCUGUGCGCAAGCUGACGCUGCAGAAGCUCCUCAACUUUGGGCGAGACGCCUGGUACGACCACUCCCGCGUCCUCGACUCUGCCCGCUUUGUGCAGCAGGAGCUGCCCAAGCGCCUGGCUCGCCGCCUCAUGGACCUCCAGCUGCUGCCCUUCAUCGUUGUGCACAACCCCAACAUAAAAAAGGUGUACAACGCCUACUACCACGGCUUUACCACGCUGCGGGACCUGGACCCCAUCUCUGACAUGCAGCGCAACGACCACUUUGUGAAGCUGCUGCGCAGGCUGGUGGACGAGCACUCCCCCAUGCUGGAUGCCCUGGCCCAGGGCCUGCGCGAGGUGCGCAGCAAGCCCAUUCUGGACGGCUUCCUGGAAAACAUGCUGCGCAGCCGCAUCUCCCGCCGCGUCAUGGCCGAGCAGCACAUCAACCUCACGCACCAGCGCCCCGGCUACAUCGGCAUCGUGUGCACCCACCUGAACCUGGCAGAUGCGGUCGACUUUGCCGCCACGCGCUGCAAGCAGGCCUUUGUGGAGCACUACGGCGUGGCGCCAGACGUGUUUGUGAGCGGGGACACGAGCCUGACUAUACCCUACAUCCCCGCCCACCUGGACUACAUGCUCUACGAGCUGCUCAAGAACUCGGCGCGGGCCGUGGUGGAGCACCACCUGGGGGCGGUGCGCCACUCGCUGUCCGACCCGCACGCCGCCCACCGCCGCGCCAAGCUGCCGCCCAUCCACGUGCGGCUGUGCGGCGGCUCGCACGAGGUGACCAUCAGGCUGUCUGACCAGGGGGGCGGCAUCGACGCGGCCGACACGGAAGCGGUGUGGCAGUUUGGGUUCACCACUACCAGCCGCCGCCAGAAGGCCCAGGCCAAGGCGGAUCGGCAGCAGGGGCCGGGCCCGGGCCUGGGCUACCCGCACCCCCUGCAGCGCCCCUCCUCUGAGGAAGCGGCGAUGAUGAUGGGGAUUGGGGAGGGGCUAGGCCUGGACAAUGCGCCGCCGGGGGUGUCGUUUGGCGCGGCCUGGUCGGCGGGCUGCAGCGGCGGGCCAGGCCGUCGGUGGGGAGGCGUGCCGCUGCGCUCUGCUGCAGCCGGUGCAUCUGUUUGGAGCGGUGCAGUUUGCAGUGGGGGCGGGCGCUGCCAGCUGGCCCGCCUGGGCUUUGGCCUGCCGCUCAGCCGCCUGUAUGCCCGCUACUUUGGCGGCGACCUGCGGCUGGUCAACAUGCCCGGGUACGGCGUGGACUCUUUCCUCACGCUCAAGCGCCUGGAGGAUGCGGAGUGGGAGGAGUCGCGUGCGGAGCUGCAGACCGGCAUGCUGCACUCUGGCGUGCAUGCGUGA